AUGUUCUUCUUUGCCUGCUUGAUAGCAGUUUCUUUGGCGUCUUACGGUGUUGAUGUCUCUCAACCCACCUCCGCCUCAUCCAUUCAGUGCCUUAGAAACAACGGGUUCACUGGAUUCUUCAUUUGCAGAGCAUGGUGUUCUCCGGGAUACUUCGACUCGAACUCCGUAUAUACUCUCCAACAAGCCCAAUCCGUUGGAUUUGUGAGUGACACUUCUGACGUGUACUUCUACCCAUGCCUCUCUUGUGGUAACCCAGAAGGUCAAGUCGUCGAGUUCUGGAAUAACGUAGUUGCCAACAACAUGAAGUUCAAGAGAGUCUGGUAUGACAUUGAAGGUACAUGGACAAGCAGUGUCUCAACUAACAGAGACUUCUUCGAGAGAAUGAUGGGCAAGUCUAUUAGUUAUGGUAUUGCAAGUGGUGUCUAUGCCUCAUCUUACUACUGGGGAAAUAUCUUCGGGUCAUACACUUAUAGCAAUGCCGGAAGCGUCCCAUUGUGGUAUCCACACUACGACAACUGGGCCUCAUUCGGUGACUUCGGUGCUUUCGGUGGAUGGUCUUCUCCAUAUAUGAAACAGUACAGAGGUGAUGUUUCUAUUUGCAGUGCUGGUGUCGAUUACAACUACAGAGCUUAA